UGUGGCAGGGCGCUGCCAGGGCUGCGCGCACUGCGUCUGCGCGAGUGAGGGCGCGGCUGCUCCUGCUCGUCCGGGUUCGUCUCUGCGCUCCCGCCGUGGAUGCGACUCCAGCGGAGAAGGCGGAGGUAGGAAUCCCGGUGGGCGGCGCGAGGCAGGCGGGGCUCCGCCUGCGCGCCCCUCCUCGAGCUGCUGCGCGCUCAAGCCCGAACUGCGGAGCCGCCCAGCCCCUGCCACACAUUCGUCCGAACGUCGGGACGGGCUCUCGCGGGUCAGAGGAACUGAGAGGCAUGAGGGGAGACUCCUGCUACACUGCUUCACCACCUGAGCAGCCUCCACUGCAGUGGGAGCAGUGGAGAAGCUGAGGCAGUAGGGGCGAUGCAACUUGUCCUCAGAGAACCAUGGCCACGCCAGGUGCCGACCCAGGAAGUGAACCACAGGCGGGAGUGGAGCUGACUGAGCAUGGAGAGGAGCAGUGGGCCCAGCCGGGCAUCUUCCCCGAGGAGUUUGUGGCCAUCGCAGACUAUUCCGCCCCCAACGACACGCAGCUGAGCUUCCUGAGGGGAGAGAAGAUCCUCAUCCUGAGGCAGACCACGGCGGACUGGUGGUGGGGCGAGCGAGCAGGCCGCUGUGGCUACAUCCCAGCCAACCACCUGGGCAAGCAGCUGGAGGAGGGUGACCCCGAGGACACGUGGCAGGACGAGGAGUACUUUGGCAGCUAUGGCACCCUGAAGCUGCACUUAGAGAUGUUGGCGGAUCAGCCUCGGACCAGUAAGUACCACCACGUCAUCAUGCAGAACCGAGAGUCCCUGCAGGGCAAAGUCAUCCUGGACGUGGGCUGUGGCACCGGCAUCAUCAGCCUCUUUUGUGCCCACCACGCGGAACCCAAGGCUGUGUAUGCCGUGGAGGCCAGCGAGAUGGCCCAGCACACGGGGCAGCUGGUCCUGCAGAACGGCUUUGCUGAUGUCAUCACCGUGUUCCAGCAGAAGGUGGAGGACGUGGUACUGCCCGAGAAGGUGGACGUGCUGGUGUCUGAGUGGAUGGGCACCUGCCUGCUGUUUGAGUUCAUGAUCGAGUCUGUCCUGUAUGCUCGGGACACAUGGCUGAAGGAGGAUGGAGUCAUCUGGCCGACCACAGCUGCGCUGCACCUGGUACCCUGCAGUGCAGACAGGGACUACCGCAGCAAAGUGCUGUUCUGGGACAACGCCUACGAGUUCAACCUCAGCGCCCUCAAAUCUCUGGCGAUUAAGGAGUUUUUUUCAAAGCCCAAGUAUAACCACAUACUGAAGCCAGAAGACUGUCUGUCAGACCCGUGCACCAUCCUGCAACUGGACAUGAGGACUGUGCAGAUUGCUGAGCUGGAGGAUGGACAGCCUCCUGCCUCCCCAGGCCCAGAACCUUGUGUGUCUCUUGUGUCUGCCCGCACACAGACGCUGAGGGGUGAGCUGUGCUUUGACAUCAAGAAGGCCGGCACGCUGCAUGGAUUCACAGCCUGGUUCAGUGUCCACUUCCAGAACCUGGAGGAGGAUGAGCCACAGCUCGUGCUGAGCACGGGCCCCUUCCACCCCACCACGCACUGGAAGCAGGUGCUGUUCAUGAUGGAUGAGCCGGUCCCCGUCUGUGCGGGGGACGUGGUCACAGGCUCCAUCGUGCUGCAGAGGAACCCUGUGUGGAGGCGGCACAUGUCCGUGACGCUGAGCUGGGCCAUCACCUCCAGUCUGGACCCCGUGCUGCUGAAGGACGUGGAGUCGAGGCUGAGGCCGGGUGAGCCUGGCACACGGUGUGCUCUGCCUGCUGAGACUGGAGAAAAAGUCUUUCCCAUCUGGAGAUGACGGUUAAUGUCGGGCUGGGAAACAGUGUGUACCCUGAGCAGGCACCGGUCUUGGUGGGAGCACGUUCCUGGAAGCAGGACUCUGUCUCUGCCCGGCGCUGCUGACCCCUGACCCCUGGGCUCCUGCCGCCCGUCACCAGGGCCCCAAGGAGCCGAGGCUAGGCUCAGCUGGUGCUGCCCCGGCCACACCCAUGCUGCGGCUGUGCCCUAGAAGUGUUUCCCUGUGGUAUUCUGGUGGCCCUGUGCCCUGAUGGCAGUGUUUAACUAGCUCUAGUUCUGAGCCCCUCAGAUCCACGUCCACUUGUGCUCCUGUGACCGUGACCCAUGCACACGUGUUAGUGAUGCUCUUACUGCCCUGUAGACCCUCUGGAAGUGUGGAAUGGGGCCCCUGCAGAUGGGAAUGUGUGUGCACAGCCUUCCAUGUGUGGGACUCUGCUGAGACACUGUACAGACAUCCUCCAGGCCAGCGGUGUUUGCACAUGGUUCGUGCUGAAUAAAUACUUCCGAACUGCAGGAAUGUUGGUGUCGGCCUCAUGUUGUACACACCUGGUAAUGUGGGGUUGUGUUUGCCAUUGCCUUCUCGUCUGUGGAGAAGCGAGUGUACCAGUAGGUGCCCACAUGUUCUUGUGCUGUUAACUUUUUACCGACAUUCUUAGUAUAUGGGGACGCCGUGAGCACGCAGAUAGACGAGGUGCCACAGAGCAAAUGUGCAUGCAGCCCACAUGCAGGUCAGACACCCCCAGGCAAGGGCCCCCCAGGCUCAAGCCUGCCUCUGAAU